AUGACGAUCAGACUUUCUACGCUGGUUAUAUUCAAGGUGUUCUAUCGGCAGUUCAGCCACACAAAUCGCGCAUGGCCCAUGACUGACUUCUGGAAAUACUAUCCACUAUUUUAUUUGAGAUAUAUACAGAAUGACUAUGCAGGUUUAGGACAACGAGUGACGGGUGUGUGGACUUCUGUACGCUCGGUGCCGAACGGUUCCGAGGCAGCAUGGGUGUCGUUUCCGGGUUCCUAUGUUUUGAACAAGCAAUAUUGGCAAUUCGGAGAACCAAAUAUUUAUCCGAAUUACGAUGGUGAGCACCAGCUUUUGUUUUUAUGCACUAUUUCAAGUCCUCGUCUUUUACGCAUUGGUCUUUCUUUUCAGAUGAUUUGCGUAUCGCUUCAGCAAGAGUCGAUGUACCGAAACUGGAUGUCGGAAUCAUGUGAAGCCUUCAACUAUGUGGUCUGCAAAAGAAAAGCCGUCGAUAAAGGUGAGCCUACAAUUUUUCCGACUGAUCCACAGUAUGCCGUUAGCACAAUGUCUUUGCCAACCGGAUUUACGGUGGAAUACGCUGCGAAAAAGUACACUGGAAAUUCGCCAGCUCAGAACAUCACGUGUGCUUCAACUCAAUUCGAGUUCGCCUGCAUGAAUGCGUUGGCUCCAUUCAGGUCGAAUACGCUUCCUAUGGUGCUUUUGUGA